AUGUCAGCAAAAGUCAAAGUAUUGGUUACUGGAGUUACGGGAUACAUUGGGGGCGCCGUCGUCGAUAGAUUUCUAGCUCGCCCUGACGCAUCGUCGUUCGAUAUACGUGCGAUAGUACGGUCGGCUGAGAAAGGAGAGAAACUGAAGGCAUUCGGAAUCACGCCAAUCGUCGGGUCGCACAAUGACGAAAAGGUUACGGUGAAAGCUGCGUCGGAGGUGGACGUAGUUAUUACCAUGGCCAAUGUCGAUGAUUUGGAAGCUGCCAAGGCCGUAUUGGAGGGCUUGAAGAAGCGGUUUGAGGAGACCGGAAAACCCCCCCUUCUCAUCCACACAUCAGGAACGGGUGUACUCUCCGACGAUGCAGCCGGAAAACACCAGACAGAUACCGUCUAUGAUGAUAAAAACCCGAACCAAAUCGAGUCGCUUGCACCCACUCAAAUGCAUCGAAAUGUUGAUUUGGAAGUUGUGGCUGCCGAUAAUGAAGGUAACGUAGUCACCAAUACUCGUACUUUCGCUCUCAUCUUCAUGAAUUUCAAUGUUUCUGCUAUAGGAUAUAUCAAGUCAUACAUCAUCUUACCCUCGACAAUCUAUUCUAUCGCGGAGGGCCCACUCUUCAGAGCCGGAAUUUCGCGUCCUCACUCUCAACAAGUCCCAGCUCUUAUCAGAGCAUCGUUAGAUCGUAAACAAGCGGGCAUCGUCGGUGAUGGUGUGAACCUUUGGCCAAAUGUCGACAUUCUUGAACUUGCCGACCUUUAUAGUAUCCUGUAUGACUCCGCUACGAAAAACCCUGACCAAACUGGGCAUGGUCGAGAGGGAUUCUACUUUGGAGUCAACGGUGAACAUCGGUUGUAUGACGUUGGCAAGGCCAUUGGGGAAGCGUUGGUAGAUUUGGGUAUUACAAAAACUCCGGAACCUACGACAUUUACUCAGCAAGAGAUUGAAAAAUACUUCCAGGCAAGUCACUCUGAAGAAAUUUCUCGUCCGGUGAUCCCAACGUGA